AUGGGCAACGUGAUGGAGGGUAAGUCGGUGGAAGAGCUGAGCAGCACCGAGUGCCACCAGUGGUACAAGAAGUUCAUGACCGAGUGCCCCUCGGGCCAGCUCACCCUCUACGAGUUCCGCCAGUUCUUUGGCCUCAAGAACCUGAGCCCGGCGACCAGCCAGUAUGUGGAGCAGAUGUUUGAGACCUUUGACUUCAACAAAGACGGCUACAUCGACUUCAUGGAGUACGUGGCGGCGCUCAGCCUGGUCCUCAAGGGGAAGGUGGAACAGAAGCUGCGCUGGUACUUCAAGCUCUACGACGUGGAUGGCAACGGAUGCAUCGACCGUGACGAGCUGCUCACCAUCAUCCGGGCCAUCCGAGCCAUUAACCCCUGCAGCGACUCGACCAUGAGUGCCGAGGAGUUCACCGACACGGUGUUCUCCAGGAUCGAUGUCAACGGGGACGGGGAGCUGUCCCUGGAGGAGUUCAUGGAGGGCGUCCAGAAGGACCGGAUGCUCCUGGACACGCUGACGCGGAGCCUGGACCUCACCAGCAUUGUGCGCAGGCUCCAGAAUGGGGAGCAGGACCAGGAGGGGGCCGGGGGCGGGGCGGCUGAGGCGGCCGGCUGA